UACUAACAACAUACAGUACGCAUCUGCAGCAGGUCUUUUGUGUCUCUGCAUUAAUUAACAAUGUCUUAUGAAAGUAAUCGUCUGAAAUCUACUAAGAAUAUAAGUUUAAAUGCUAUUAUAAUAUUUUAUGUUUUGCAUUAACAGUCAAAUUUGCUGUGCUAUUUUGAUGCUACUUUCAGAUUCAGCUUUGUUUUCAUUUUCUUUUUCUAAUUGGUAAUUUAAUCCAUUUUUUAUUUUUUUAUUUUUUUUUUUAUCAGGUCAUUGUGAAGCCGUAUAGAGUCAUGACCUAUACCAAUGUCACUGUCUUUACUGAAUUCUACCUGCUGGGAUUUCCAGGACUCAAUCCUCAGUAUUAUGGAGCUGUAGGAACCCUUUUGUUUUUUGUCUACUUGACACUGGCAGGAGGAAAUAUCUUUAUUAUUGCAUUCAUUGCUUAUGAGAGAAGCCUUCAGAAACCCACCUAUUUAAUCUUCUGUAUUCUUGCUGUGUGUGAUUUUGCUUUUGGAACUGUAACGCUGCCUAAAGCCAUUGCAAAAUAUCUGUUCAAUAUCAACACUAUAUCAUUUUAUAGUUGCUUUGUGCAAAUGUUUUUUGUUCAUUACUUGGGGAGUAUUAAUUCUUUUGUUAUACUAUUAGUGGCCAUUGAUCGGUUUGUUGCAGUACGUAACCCACUGAGAUACUGUGUCCUUAUUACAAACAAAACUGUUUUCAUUGCAUGUGGAGUGAUUUGGACAAUGUUCAUACCUUUGAUAGCAAUCAUUGCUUAUCAUGCCUUCGAUGAGCCCUACUGUGCUUCUAAUGUAAUAACCCAAAAUUAUUGUGAACGAAAUGCAAUAAUUAAACUCUCUUGUCGAGAUAUAAACCAGAAAAGGUUUUUUGCUUUUGGAUGGGCCAUGUUUAUUCUUUUGGGCCCUUUGAUUUUAAUUAUAUUUUCUUUUAUUGCCAUCUUCACAUCUGUUUUCAAAAUUUCUGACAUUCAGGCUCGAUAUAAAACAUUCUUAACUUGCACUCCUCAGCUUCUUAUUGUUUUUCUGUAUUAUCUCCCCAGAUGUGUUGUCUAUACAUUUGAUGUGACAGCGGCAUUCACUCCUGACAUCCGGGUUAUGUUAACUAUGUGGUACAAUCUGCUUCCACCUGUUGUCAAUCCGAUGAUAUACUGCUUCAGAACCAAAGAGAUCAAAGAUGCAUUAAGGAGGAAAAUGAGACACAGAGAAGUUAGCAUGCAGAUGACCAUGCUGUUGGGCAGAGCUUAA